AUAUCUCUGACAAUGUGAAUUGGCACUCGUCUGCUAUGUUGAUGCCUUCCUGUUGUUCUCUGCACCUCCGACCGCAUAAGACGACCAUUCACCAGCAUCAUUGCACUUUCGGAGUCCGACAAAUUUCGCUCCUCAAUCAUGAUGCCGCUGCUGUCACGACUGCCGGGCCUAUCUUCACUGAUUACUUCCAGCGAGAGUGGUACGACGUCGAGCAUAUGGACUUUUGACGUUUGAAAAUCUGUCCUCGCCAGGAUCGUCCAUCUAGAAAAGGUUUACCAUUCCGCUGGCAUGGCCUCUCAUAUUUGGUCCACAUCGAGAAUCCUGGCAUGCCCACGAGCUCGUUCCUGUUGUCAAUGUUGAACUUGCACAGCAGGGACUGCGUCGGCCAUUUAGCAUUCUGGACGUGGAUGACGCGCAGAGCAGCUUGUCUCAGUCUCUUCAGGUCUUGGGAGAAUUUCUCGAGUUCGUGUAAUCCUGAGAACUCCGCUGCAGCUACGGCGAUGUGCCGUUUGCCAUCGCCAACCUGAGUGCUCUGCUCCUGCGAGACAUAGUCAAUGAUGAGCACCCGGCCAUCAGGGAAACAAUGUCGGUCAGUGGGAUCCCAUUUGGUAUGCCAUUUCAGCUCAGGGUCAUUCUUCCAUCUCCAUGUGUCGGUCUGCUUGUGGCCUGGUUUCCAGUGAGUAUAGAAUUGGGACCCCAAGUACACAAGCAAGAAUGAUGCAGGAGUCAGCCUCACCUCGAGAAUGCACCAAGCCUGUUACGACUGCCGUAUGUUGGUCCAAAAAUAACGCCGUCUUUGCGUAGGGAGAGAGAGGCACAGUCAUUGCUGUGUAUCCAAGACUGC